AUGGCGUCCAAAGAUGUUGAGAUCAUUGCCGUGGUUCCGGAUGCGAAGCCCGGUGCCGAUGAUGCUGCCCUGGCUGAGGCCAUUCGCCUCGAGCACAACUUGACAUUCUCUCAGGCUGUCAAGCUUUACCCCGCUGCCAUUGGGUGGUCUGCCUUUGUGUCUAUCGGGGUCAUCAUGUUGGCGUUCGAUCCGCAACUGCUCGGAAACCUCUAUGCUACGCCUCAAUUCCAGAGAGAUUUUGGUUAUGAGUAUGAGGGCUCUUACAUCAUCAGUGCUGCUUGGCAGACCGGACUUUCUAUGGGCAAUCCCGUUGGUCAAGUUGUCGGUGCCCUCUUCGCUGCAUAUCCCAUGGACUGGUACGGCCGAAAACUGACCUUUGCCGUGUGCGUGGUGCUCACCGCCGGCAUCGUCUUCAUCCAAUUCUUUGCACGCUCUCUGUCUGUCCUCUUGGUCGGCGAGCUUCUCGGCGGUCUCGUCUUGGGCAUGUAUGUUGUCAUCGCCCCGGCUUACGCCUCCGAAGUUUGUCCCACUGCUAUCCGUGGCCAACUAACUUCCUACGUGAAUCUCUGCUUCGUCAUAGGCCAGCUCCUUGCCAACGGCGUCACAGCAGGGACUUCCAAACUCGACACACAUUGGGCGUAUUCUCUACCAUUUGCGCUUCAAUGGUUCUGGAUCCUUGUCAUCCUCCCCGGCCUGCUCUUCGUACCAGAAAGCCCGUGGUGGCUGGUAAGAAAGGGGAGAAUGGACGAUGCGAGGAAGAGUCUGAGCCGUCUGGCGUCCCAGAAGGUCAACAUUGCCGCUUCUUUGGCCUUCAUCGUAGAGACCGAUAAACUUGAGCAAGAGCUGGAAUCUGGCAGCACAUACACAGACUGCUUGAAGGGCGCCAAUUUGAGACGGACGGAAAUAUCUGUUGGUGUUUACUGCACUCAGGUCCUCAGCGGCAUCUAUCUCAUAAAUUAUGGGACGUACUUCUUUCAGCAGGCAGGCCUACCUACUGACAAGGCAUUUGAUAUGGCCAUUGGCUUUCUUGCUGUUGGAUUCCUCGGCACUGUCAUAUCCUGGUACUUCAUGAUCCAUUAUGGCAGAAGAACCAUUUACAUCAUCGGCCUCGCCACCCUGGUAUUUCUGCAGCUCCUCAUCGGCAUAUUAGACUGUGUUCCUGGGCGUCCCUCUGGCGUGGCCUGGGCAGAGUCAUCCCUCAUGCUCAUUUGGAAUUUUGCCUACGACUUGUCCGUUGGACCCGUAUGCUUCGUCCUCAUAUCAGAGGCUUCCGCCACAAGAGUGCGCUCCAAGACGAUUGCACUCGCUACAGCUGCCCAGGGGGUCUUGGGGAUCAUCAUGACCGUAGCGAUCCCGUACAUGAUCAACCCAGAUGAGGCUAACAUGCAGGGGAAGCUCGGCUUCUUUUUUGGUGGGCUGGCCGGGUUAUGCUUCAUCUGGGCUUGGUUCCGCGUCCCCGAGACAAUGGGCCGCACGUACGAAGAGUUGGACAUUAUGUUCGAUAGGCGAGUUCCGGCGCGUGAUUUCAAGGGUUAUGUUGUUGACGGCAUCACUUCUGCCGAUCACUAA